CCAGACAUUCCAUGAAUGAGGCCAAAUCGGCUUUUGCUGUAGAAGUCUUUCUCCACGCCCUCAUUCACAGUUCACCAGUGCGUGUCAGAAAGUUCUGCUGGGUUCAUCCCCGUCUGCAUUGCUUUCAUCCUGAAAAGAAAAAAAUCUGGAAGAGUUUCGAUAUCUGGCAUGUACGUUUUAUAGCUCUUGCUGUAAAUACAUGGAUAUGGCAGACCUUCGUAAGUUGUUUUCCGCCUGCGAUGUCAACAAAUCGGGAAGAAUCGAGUACGAGGAUUUCAGUGAGGUUUGCCGAGAGCUCAGUGUUCCUGUCGGGGAGAUAAGGACUUUAUUCCAAAGGUUUGAUGUGGAUGGAGACGGUUGUAUUAAUUACACCGAUUUCUGUUCGAGUUUCCACGAAGCGUCUGGAAGCAUGAAUCUGGCCGCGUUGGAGCACAUUGGAGAAAGUCGAGCGAGUGCUUGGGAUGAGUUUGAAAAUACUUUGGAUGGAGAUGUGGCCUACUAUUUGGGCAGGUUAUGGGAUCCGUUGAGUGAGUUUUACGAGCAGAUUCAUGAAACCUCUGACAAGCUUCUGCUUCAGCAAUAUGAGGAGCUGAUUAAAGUUUUAGUGACAGAGAGCAAAGAACAUCGGGUGGAGACUGAUCAGUUAGAGUCCAGUCUGAGAAGGACAGAGGAGAUGGUGAGCACUCAAUUAUCAGAGAUUGAGGAGGAUUUACAGCAGCAGCUAAAUUACAAAGAGUUGACUGUCCGAGAGGAGGAGCAAAAGAAAACGGAAGGGGCCAUCGCAAUGCUGCAGCUAAAGCAUGAAAAUGAAUUGCUAGACUUACAAUCAGCCAUAGAGAAGCUUACGCAGGAGGAGGCAGAGUUGACCAACCCCAAAGAAGAGGUCAUCAAAUUAAGAACAAAAAUCCGAGAGGUUACUCAGGAAAACGAGGACUUCAGAAAAUCUCUUUUGAAAGCCCAAAUGAACAUCUCUGUCCUGCAGGUAGAGUUGGACAAACUUAAAAAUGCCUAUGCUGAUGAAAAACUUCAGCAUGAAAGUGAAAGUAAUGAACUGAAAAAGAUGGUGAUCCAGUACCAGUCUUACGCUGAACAUUUUGAACUCCUCCAGGAAAUGAACAAAAACUUGUUUGAUAGCAAUGAUGGGUUACGAUCUGCUCUUGCCAAGGACAGUCUUUCUUCCAAAGAGCAGCUUUCCUCAAAAAGCAAAAUGCCACCCAGGAGAUUGAAGCCACUGUGGCAGAGUACAAUAAAUCAGAGCAGCUUUGCUAACGAGGAGGACGGCAUGAUUGCAGUGCCAUCCAAGGAGAAACUCUCACUUGUGGAGCACUGGGCAGAGAAGUAUCUAGACAGCGGCAUUUCCUUACAGACAGACACAGACAGGAUGUCAGGCUGCAAUUAUGAUAGUGAUGAGAGCAACGAUUCUGAUGAUACUACUCAUCACAGCUCUUCAAUUAUUCCAUCUGAAAUUGAGAUGUCAGAUUUUAAGUCUGAGAUGAAUUUGUCAGUGACUUCCAGCAGAGUCAGCUUGUUAACUUCAUCCCUGAGACGUCGACUGUCAGCUUUUCCUACAAAGCAAACUGAAGUGGAAGCGUUUGAUUCUGGUGAAUCUGUUCCAAUGUACCGCUUGGUGCUGGCAGGGGAUGCAGGGUCUGGAAAAUCCAGCUUCUUGCUGCGUCUCAGUCUAAAUGAGUUCAGAGGAGACAUGCAGACCACACUGGGCGUUGACUUUCAAAUGAAGAAAAUGCUUGUGGAUGGAGAAAAGACAAACCUUCAGAUAUGGGACACUGCUGGGCAGGAAAGGUUUCGCAGUAUUGCCAAAUCGUACUUCCGCAAAGCAAAUGGGGUACUACUUCUUUAUGACGUCACUUCAGAGAGCAGCUUCUUGAAUGUUCGAGAGUGGAUUGAGCAGAUUCAGGAAUCCACAGAUGGCAGCAUCCCGUUGUGUCUUAUUGGAAAUAAAGUGGACUUGAGAGUGACUAGGGAAGUGAAGAACUGUGUGAGUCCCAUCCAUGGCGAAAAGCUUGCUAGGACUUACAACGCCUUGUUCUGUGAGACGAGUGCCAAAGAGGGCACCAAUGUAGUGGAGGCAGUUCUGCAUUUAGCAAGAGAGAUCAAAAAACAUACCAAACUGAGGAGGCAGUCAGUGUCACAAGUUGAGUUGACCCUAAACAGUGGGAAAAAGGCACUGAGUAACUGCUGUGGACUUUAACCAUGACUGCUCAUCACACAGAUCCACAUGAAGGACAGGGCUUAAUAUGCACAUAAUUCUCGCAUUACCUAUAGAUCUACUAUCUGACCGAUUUAAUAUCCACACACUCCCUAAUAAGGUCACCUGUACGCCGACUCAUUCAUGCAGGUAUCGAUUCAGCCUUUAACUGUGGUAUCGGUGUUUGUAUCAAAUGGGCUGGUUUCCUGGGAAAUUCAAACACAAUGUGUCUAGAGUUUACACAGAACUCUUCAUAACCAAGAAGAGCAGAAAAUAAUCUAAAAAGAUGGCUAAAACAAGCAGGUGUUUUCAUCAACUCUGUCCUUCCUUCCUAAUAUUUGUGAGCAUUAUUAUAACCUCACAUUGUUUUGGCUACCAGGCGUUUGCUUCCAUCCAUCUGACAUUUCAAUGUUUUCUGCAUGUUGAAAUGUGAAUUUAUUUUUUUUUAUUUUUUAUUUAUUUUUAUUUUUUUAUAAACCAAGCUUGAAGAGGAAUUGCAUUACUUCCUAAAGCCAGGCAGCACAAACAUUUCUGGUCAUGUUUUCUGUCAAUUCUUAACAGCAAAGUGUUUCCGCUCACAUCAUUUGUUCUAAAGUCUAGAGACCUUGUAUGAAAAUCUCAGGAGAUCAGCAGUUUUGGAAAUGGUAAAACCGUCUGCCCUGACACCAGCAACCAUGCCACUGGAUAAAGUCACAGAGCUCACAAAUAUUCCUCAUUCUGAUGUUGGUGAACUUUACCUGAAGCUUUUGACUUCUGCAUGAUUUUAAGCGAGGGCUGCUGCCAGAUUAUUGUCUACUUAGUUAACAGCAUCUAUUACCAGCUGUUCGUAUAUAAAUGUAUGGGUAUAACAUAUUUUUAAAUAUUUUUUUAAUUGUUGUCAUUCAGUGGUGGGAGGGAUUGUAGUGUUGGGUUUAAAAUUGGAUCUUAGCAUGAUGGUCUAAUGCACACUUUUUCUCUCUUGUCAUAUGUAUACCUGCUGUAGUAAUAUUUAGGGGUUUUUGGUGUUUUUUUUUAGAUUAUAUAAAUGUUUAUUGUAAAUUUGUUCCAUUUUUAUAUACCAA